AUGUUCGGAACAUAUUUGGGCGGUAGAGCUGGAGCGGCAGUUCGCUCUUGUGGCUCGAGGUUUCCAACUAUGCCUUUGAGAGCUAAGGUUAUCAAUCCUGCAUUCGCGGGGAGAGCACAGAUGGCGACAGCCCCAGAUACCCCUUCAUACGCCCAGGCAGAAGUCAUCAAGGAGCUGGAAAGUGACGAGAAGGAAGAUGUUCUAUUCAAUUCUUUAUAUGGCGUGAGGACGAUCGAGCUCAACAGACCCCAAAAGUUACAUUCCCUCAAUGGAUCGAUGAUUCGAAAAAUCGUGCCAAGAUUACAAGAAUGGUCAAAAUCAGACAUGGCGAAUGUGAUCAUUAUUAAAGGAUCUGGACCCAAGGCUUUCUGCGCUGGUGGGGAUGUGGCAGCGCUCGCCGAGGAUAACACAAAAGGCGAAGAAGGACAAGCUCGAUCAACAGAUUACUUUGCUCUCGAAUAUAAACUCGAUCAUCUUAUUGCAACUUAUCAGAAACCCUAUGUUGCUUUUAUGGACGGUAUUACAAUGGGUGGUGGAGUUGGAUUAAGUAUACACGCACCAUUUCGGAUAGCCACUGAGAGGACGCUAUUUGCUAUGCCCGAAACUACAAUUGGAUUCUUCCCCGAUGUUGGAGCUUCGUUCUUUCUACCCAGGAUGGCGGGGUCUGUUGGAACAUACCUUGCCUUGACUAGUGACCGAUUGAAGGGCGUUAAUGCAUUUUAUUCUGGAAUCGCUACACAUUACAUUCAUUCGACUUCUUUACCGGCUUUAGAGAAACGUUUGGCGGAAUUACGAUUUAAGGAUUUCGAAACUUUGGCGCAGCGAGCACAAUUGAUCAAUAGCACAAUUGAGGAAUACUGCACGGGACUGCCUCAUGACGAACCAAUGCUUAUCAGUGGCGAAUUGCGAAAGGCUAUCGAUCGCCACUUCAGUAAAUCAAGCGUUCCUGAAAUCAUUGCCGGUAUUAAGGCCGAGAUUGACGUUUUGAAGGCUGAAGCGGAGGAGACCGGGUUGGAAAGCCCACUCCAAGCAUGGCUUGAAAAGACUCUUGCUACCUUGCACCAGAGAUCACCUACGAGCGUUCAUGUAGCACUACGUCAAAUGCGCAUUGGCAAAGAUUGGUCGAUUACCGAGACGUUCCAAAGAGAAUACCAAAUUGCCGCUAAAUUUAUGCGUCAUCAGGAUUUCACGGAAGGCAUACAUUCAUUACUUAUUCGCAAAGAUAAGAACCCUCAAUGGAAACCCAAAACUUUGGAAGAUAUCAGCCCAGAGGACGAAAUCGCGAACCCAUUCUUUGAAGUUGAAGGAUCACAAAGGAUAAAAUUACUAAGCGAUCGGGAUUAUUAUGAGUAUCCAUUCCAAUUUGGAGUUCCAAGAGAAAGUGAAGUUGAGAAGGUUGUGAGACAAGGCGGAAAGUCGGCGUUCCAAGUCGUCAAUCACUUCCUUCAAGCAACGGAAGGAAAACAGGGUGUGAAGGAAGUGGUGACGGAGAUCAUCGAAAGAAAGACCACAAAGAGUGGGCAAGGAUUUCUUGAAUGGGAACGAGAUCAAAUCUCAAGUCCUAAAUCGUCAGAGUGA